AUGGUGAGUGCUUUUUUAUUUACUUUUUUCCCAGAUCAACAACAAAAAUACUUUGUUAAUUAAUCUAUGUUGUAAUAAUGGCCCAACACAUGCUUUCAUUUAUUUUCAUUUUUUCCCUAUGAUUUUUCUAGUCUAUUGAAGAAAAAAAAAGAAAUUGGUUUCAGAUGGGAAGUAAACGCGGACGUGGAGGAGGUGCCAAUUCGAAUCAAGAAAGAACCCGCACACAUUUAUUUUUUGGAAAGAAAUCAGAAUUGCAACAUCAAAAGCGGAAAAGAAGAGCACAAAGUAAGUUUUUUAUUUGAAUAAUAAAAAAAAUUAAAAUAUAAAUUUUCAGACAAACUUCACGCUACAAUCAAAGAUAAAAAAGACGAGAUGGUGCAAGCUGGAACAAGUGAAAUUGAUCCACUUCAAUGGACUGGAAAUCAGCGAGUUUUACAUUUUGGACCAAUGGCUCAAAGAGAUCCCUAUUUUUAUUAUUAUCCAAAAGGUUGGGAUAUUUUGUAUCCAGCGACGUUUGGAUUUUUUCCAUAUAGAACUUCGUGA